AUGGACGUAGCAGAAGCUGUAUGUUUAUGGACCUUACAUAGACGAAUGCAGCGUCGUAGGCAGAGAAAUAGGAAAUACUGGGUUCAUCCUAUUUUAAAAAACAGACUAAGUACAAGCUUGUACAUCACGCUGUAUCCAAGUUUGAUAAAUCAUGAACUAAAAUUUUUUAACUAUUUCCGGAUGUCGAUUAAAUCUUUUGAUGACUUGUUGGAGCAAAUCAAACAAGAAAUUGUGGCUGACGAAAAUGCAAUUAGAUAUUGUAUUUCACCAGAAGAAAAGCUCAUAAUUACUUUGAGAUACCUAGCAAGUGGAUAUUCCAUUAGUGAAUUACAUUAUGAGUAUUUGAUGGGGAAAAGUACUGCUGCUGCUAUAAUCCGCCAAGUAUGUAAAGUCAUUUGGAGAAAAUUAAAAAAUAUUGUGAUGUCUCAACCCACAAAGGAAAAAUGGCUAGAAAUUUCCAAAGGAUUUAAACAAAAUGCCAAGUUCCCUAAUUGCAUUGGGGCACUUGAUGGCAAACAUAUACGUUUGAUACACCCUCAAAAUUCAGGGUCACUUUAUUAUAACUAUAAACAUUUUUUUUCGCUAGUAUUAAUGGCAUUGUGUGACUCUAAUUAUUGUUUUAUUUGGGUGGAUAUUGGGGCAUACGGAAAGAAUAGCGAUUCUGGGAUUUUUAAAGAAUCAUCUUUGUAUACUAAGCUCAUUGAAAAAACUUUGAAUAUUCCUGAACCAAGACCUAUUAUAGACAACGAUGAAAUCAAAUUGCCAUACGUCAUAGUUGCUGAUGAAGCGUUUAGUAUGCUAGAAAACUUGAUGAGACCAUUUGGUGGAAAUUUAUUAUCGCACGAAAAAAAAAUUUAUAAUUACCGGCAUACUUUAGCACUACGAUAUAUAGAAUGUACCUUUGGCAUUAUGAGCAAUAAAUGGCGUAUAUUGCAUAGACCAUUAGAUGUGAAUAUUGAGUUUGCACAAGAUAUUGUUAAAGCUAUUUGCGUACUUCACAACUACGUCAGAAUAAGAGAUGGAAAUAGUUAUGAAGAAACGUUAUUUACAGCACCCCUAUCAAAUUUAACAAGUUCUACUACUGGACGUGCUAUACGAGUAGCAGAAAAUGUUAAGAGUUAA